AUGAUCAAUAGGAUGAACAUGAUCAGGACAACACUUUACAGUAGAAACACUACAUCAACUAUACAUACUGCAUUGCAAUCAUUCCAAAAACACUCGAUUGCAUCCAAACCAAACACUAUAAACCAUCAACGAAAACCAACUGUACAGACAAUUGCUCCACUUCCGGACAAUAUAGACGACAGCAUUCAACCCGAACUGCCAGGAACACAUUGCUGGAAAUGUCAUCACUAUGAACCACCUUCGUUGGUAGACAAUUCACAGCAACUUCAGAUUCCUUCUCGACUGUUUUGUAAAAACACUCAGUGUGCAGUGCUUCAGCCAUUGCAGCGACCUCCACCUAACCAUUUUGCAUUAUUGAUGCCAGAAAAGUAUUCACAGUUGAAUGACGAGUUACUGCACAAUGCAUUCCAGGUGGAUCUGGCGGAUCUGAAACGACGAUACAGAGGAUUGCAACAGAUGUUGCAUCCAGACAAUUUCACGACAAAGUCUAAUCAAGAACGAUUGCUGUCUGAAGAACAGUCAACGUUGGUCAACAAGGCAUAUCAGACAUUACGAGAUCCGCUCACUCGUGCACAGUAUAUGCUCGACAUGUAUGGUGUUGGAAUUAGUGAAUCAACAUCGAUCAAUGAGCCACAGUUCCUGGCUCAGAUUAUGGACAUUCAAGAAAGUAUCGAAUCUGCAGAAAAUGAUGUGCAAGUAAUCAAUCAGAUCAAAUCGGACAAUCAAGUGGAAAUCCAAAAGGCAGAAAAGUCGAUUGCAGCAUGUUUCAGACAGUCGGAUCUGGAUGGUGCUAAACAAGCAACCAUCAAAAUGCAAUAUUUACGAACAAUUGAUACACUCAUUAAUGAGAAACAAUAAACCAUAUUUCAUC